AUGCAGCCGCAGCGAGGCUGCCUGCCAGGAACAAACUCUUUCGUCAACGUGCCUGCCGAGACGUAUGUGGCAGUCGAACGCUUCGGGGCUUUCCGCCAGCUGCUGGGACCCGGCUUCAGCUUUGCUGGGCUUGACCUCUGUGGGACCUGCGUUACCUUCCGUGCCAUCUCAACUCGUGUGGAAGAAGAGCAUUGUUCCAUCUCUACGCAGACACGCGACCAUGAGUUUAUCACAGCAGAGAUCGUCAUCCAGUAUUCGGUGAUACCGAAAAAGGCCAAAGAUGCAAUCUACAAACUUGUGCAUGAGGAUUUUGACGGCUUGAUGCGAUCCUUCCUCACCGGACCUGUGUGCACCUUCCUGAAUAGGCUAAACUUGGACGAGGUGUUUGGAAGGAAGGAUGAGAUGACUCAAUCUGUUCGGGAACAGCUUUCAGACUACGUGCGUGGCUACGGCUUCGCAAUCCAUCGUAUGGAGGUGAUUGAGCUCAAGGUCUGUCCCGAGGUGAUGCAUGCAAUGAACGAAGCGCACAAACAACGCCGGGCACGUGAAACUGCUGAGCUGGCCAUGGUCAACGAGGCAGCGCAGAGAGUGCAGGAGGCCGAGCAGUUCGCCUCGGCAGCUCUGCUGCGCGGUGAGCACCUUGCGGCACAGUGCGCGCAGAUCCUCGGCGGCCUGCAGGACACCCAGUCCAAGGACGAGCUCUUCAGCAAAUUUGAGUCUGCCCACAUCAAGCAGGCGAUUCAGGAGACGUGCGCCCAGCCGCUGCCAGAUGACAUCGAAGAUGUUCAGGACUUGCUGAAAGAAGCAGAUGAGAGUGAAAACACAUCUUUGCUGGCGAGUUCACGCGCCGCCGGGGUUUUGCUGGGGCGGUCGACUGCGGGUCCGCAGCAGAACAUCAUGAAUCCAGUUUGA